AUGGGUAAGGAAAAGGUCCACAUCAACAUUGUCGUUAUCGGCCACGUCGAUUCUGGAAAAUCGACGACUACUGGUCACUUGAUCUACAAGUGUGGUGGAAUCGACAAGCGUACCAUCGAGAAGUUCGAGAAGGAAGCCCAAGAAAUGGGAAAAGGUUCCUUCAAGUACGCCUGGGUGUUGGACAAGCUGAAGGCUGAGCGUGAACGUGGUAUUACCAUCGAUAUCGCUCUGUGGAAGUUCGAGACUUCCAGGUACUACGUGACCAUCAUCGAUGCCCCUGGCCAUCGUGAUUUUAUCAAGAACAUGAUCACUGGUAAUUUUGUUCGGAGGUUUUCUAAUUUAUCAAUUUUUAGGUACUUCUCAGGCUGAUUGUGCUGUCUUGGUCGUUGCUUGCGGUACUGGUGAAUUUGAAGCUGGUAUCUCCAAAAACGGCCAGACUCGUGAGCACGCCCUCUUGGCUCAAACCUUGGGUGUGAAGCAGCUCAUCGUUGCUUGCAACAAAAUGGACUCCACUGAACCACCUUUCUCUGAGGCCCGUUACACCGAAGUGGUCAACGAAGUCUCCAACUUCAUCAAGAAGAUCGGAUAUAACCCAAAGGCUGUUGCCUUCGUUCCAAUCUCUGGAUUCAAUGGGGACAACAUGUUGGAAGCUUCUGCCAACAUGCCUUGGUUCAAGGGAUGGGCUGUUGAGCGCAAGGAAGGAAACGCUUCUGGAAAAACUCUUCUUGAGGCUCUUGACGCUAUUAUCCCACCAAGCCGUCCCACCGACAGACCUCUCCGUCUGCCUCUCCAAGACGUGUACAAGAUUGGAGGUGUGUAUUAUAGUUUAAAGAGUUUUACUGUGUUUUAGGUAUCGGAACAGUUCCAGUCGGUCGUGUCGAAACCGGUGUCAUCAAGCCCGGUAUGGUCGUUACUUUCGCCCCACAAGGAGUUACCACUGAGGUGAAGUCCGUUGAAAUGCAUCACGAAUCUUUGGCUGAAGCCGUCCCUGGUGACAACGUUGGUUUCAACGUAAAGAACAUCUCCGUCAAGGACAUCCGUCGUGGUUCCGUUGCUUCUGACUCCAAGAAUGAUCCCGCUAAGGAAGCUCGCUCUUUCACCGCUCAGGUUAUCAUCAUGAACCACCCUGGACAGAUCGCCGCUGGAUACACGCCCGUUUUGGAUUGUCACACCGCCCAUAUUGCUUGCAAGUUCGCUGAGCUCAAGGAGAAGGUUGACCGUCGUUCCGGAAAGAAGGUCGAAGACAACCCAAAAUCCUUGAAGUCCGGGGAUGCCGGUAUUGUGGAGCUCAUCCCUACCAAGCCUAUGUGUGUUGAAGCCUUCACCGACUAUGCUCCUCUUGGUCGUUUCGCCGUCCGUGACAUGCGUCAAACCGUUGCCGUUGGUGUCAUCAAGGCAGUCGACAAGUCCGAGGGUGGCGGUAAAGUUACCAAGUCGGCUCAGAAGGCUACUGGUGGAAAGAAGAAGUAA